GCUGACAAGACCGAUUUUGUAACAGGAUGUUUGAAUCGGUCAUAAAUAAGGGCAACGUCAUUGCUUUUUCAAAAACUCGAUAUAAAAUUUCAGUAGAGCUUACGCCUUUGAGAGGUGUAACUGAAAAUAAGGAAAUCACUGAUUAGUGAAAUCACAAAUUGAUAAACAAUGCUGGUUGUGGACUCGCACGAAAGUUCGAUCAGAUGCAAAUAUUUGCCAACUUUAGGGAAGCUGUUCAUUAGAGGCGACAAGAGAUUCAACACAUGAGCGAGAACGGCCGUAGGGGUUGAAUUUUUCAGAUUUCGUCGGGUAAGGGGUUAUAGCUUGUCAUCUUAUUAAAGCAUAUACAAUGCGAGCAAAUCUACGCUCGAGGGCUUUUCACAAACUGUCCAGUGAGAACUUGACCGCAAGUGGAACAGUGGCAUCAUGUUUGUGCCAAUUUGGAGGCAUGCAAACGAAUGAAGCUCCAACAUGCAAUCCCAUAUUUAAAGCUAUCAUCCUCAAUUUACUAGAAGAGCUUUUUGGGAAACUGACUAUAGCACCAAAGAGACCGACCCAAUGAAGGCUGCACACGACUGAUCUAUAGAGACGCAGCGCAAUCGUCUCAUCUAAUUUGUUAACUUAUACUCGGUCAUGACUUUAUAGAGUUGAUUCGAAAACAGCACAAAACUCUGCAAGAGGAAAUGGAGAGAAAUGCAUCUAAGUAUGAGUGUGACCAAAAAGGAUUUUAUUGUCGCCGAUGCUGAAGCCUUAAAAAGGAACAUAAACAAGUUCGCAUCAUAAAAUGAAUUCGAUUGCAUGCAUCUUUCGCUCUUGACACAUCUUAUUUUAUAAUACUGCGACUGUAUCCAAUUAAUUCUUUAGUAGAACCGUGAUCCUCUUUAUACACCUUUCUUGGAUUAUAGAAAUCAACUUGUUUGUUUUUGAAAGAACAAGUAAAUUAGGAACAUUUUAUGAAACGUCGUACACAUUCAAUGCUAUUCCUGAAUGAGCACUUUGUUCUUUCUAUUCUAUGAUUGUUUACGUGUUUCAGUUACUACAAGACUUUUCGCCUCAAUCAGAUAGAAUAAAAGCGUCGUCUUCCUUAGUAAGAUAACUUAAAAUGAAGACUAGCGACAAGAUUGGACUUUGUUAACCCCGCGGUUUUCGGGGAUAUACGAUUUCAUUCUAUCGCUUUCCUUCACUAUGAUAACCCAAGAUGAAGACAGCAGACCUCGGACUUGUUAACCCCGUGGCUUUAGGGAUUUCCCUAAAUACAUAAACACUGUAAAUUCGCCGCUUUAUUAGUAAACUUGGCAAAAACGUUUUUCUUUUCUUCCUUUUUUAUACUAAAAAGAAAUAGGAACGAGUCAUUUGCGAAAACCUGUGGACACAAUUCCUGUCAUUGAAAGGAUUGCCAAUCUCCAUCAGGAUUUUUUGAUAGUUUAUUCUUCUUAUCAAGGUCACUUUUAUACAUUUACCUUUCAAAUUGAAGAGGACUUAAGUGUAUCUAUUGACUUCCCAUACCUAUUAUCUUGGGGAAAGACGUUGGUGACGUCUCCUCUGGUCUGAUCAAUUUGUUGGGUGUUCUAUCUAUUUAUUUUACGAAUUUAUUUUAUACACUUGUUCGGUUGAUUUUGUUUACCUAAUCACUCAUUUGUCUUGGAUUUCUUUAAUAUUUUCUAAUUCUCCCUUCUUCCCUAAUUGCUUUACAUUGCAAAUCUAUAAUUAUAAUUCUUUAAUUUACCCACAAUGACACUUUCGAGAAGCUCAGACUCUAAAAAAUCGGAUCUUGAAAAAAGUAAUGAGAACUCCGUUCUUGUCGAUAAGCUAUCUACCAGUAGUUUUGAGAACCCAGAAAAAAUCGUCGAUGUAGUAAAAGAUCCCUAUGAACAAUAUAACCCGGAAGAGCGGGAAAUUUUGUAUCGUCAGGUUAAUGAUACCAAGGCUAAGGUAGCCGGGUAUAUGCGAAUUAUUACAUGCGGUGAUAAAUGGGACUAUCUACUUCAGCUGGCAGGCAGCAUUACUGCUAUUGGUUCUGGACUUGGUAUGCCUCUGAUGUCUCUCGUCGCUGGUAAAUUAGCCAAAGCCUUUACCGACCUUGCCAGCGGCCGUGGCGCUGAUGCCUUUCAACACGAUGUUAACCAUUUCGUAUUGUAUUUUGUUUAUAUUGCUGUCGGUGUCUUCGGCUGUUCUUAUAUCUAUACAAUUUCGUUUAUUAUAUCGGGUGAACGUAUCUCGCGUCGCAUCCGUCAGCAAUAUCUGCAUGCCGUCCUAAGUCAGAAUAUUGGGUACUUUGAUCGUCUUGGGGCAGGCGAAAUUACCACACGUAUAACUAGUGACACAAACUACAUCCAAGAUGGUUUGGGUGAAAAGGUUGGUUUGGUGCUUUUUGCUGUUGCAACCUUUGUGUCUGGAUUUGUCGUCGCUUUUAUUCGACAUUGGAAGUUCACCCUCAUUAUAAGUUCCAUGCUUUUAGCUAUCCUUGGAGGUAUAGCCGUCGGUGUUAGUUUCGUAACAAAGUAUACGAAAGCCCAAAUUGCCCAACUAUCCAGUUCUAGUACUUUUGUUGAAGAGGUAUUUUCCAACAUUCGUAAUGCGUUUGCAUUUGGUACUCAGGGCUUAUUAGCCGACUCUUAUACUAAGUUUUUGAAUCCUGCCAAGCGCUAUGGCAUUAACAAAGCCAUGGUUAUGGGCUUAAUGAUCGGAUGGAUGUUUUUUGUGGCUUAUGGUGCAUAUGGUCUUGCUUUUUGGGAAGGUGGUCGUCUUUUGCAUGCUGGAGAGUUGACAGUAGACAAGAUGAUCAGUUGCUUCUUUGCUGUCCUCAUUGCAUCGUAUAGUUUGGCAAAUAUCUCUCCAAAAAUGCAAGCUUUUGUCAGUUGCUCGUCAGCGGCCAAAAAGAUCUUUGACACGAUCGACCGGCCAAGCCCAAUUAACGCCUUUUCUCCUGAUGGUGAGAUCGUACAACAGGUCCAUGGGGAAAUUGAAUUAAAAAACAUACGUUUCGUAUACCCUACAAGGCCUGAGGUUAUCGUUUUGGACAACUUUUCUUUGUUGUGCCCAGCCGGUAAAAUUACUGCCCUUGUUGGUGCUAGUGGUAGCGGAAAAUCCACAAUCGUAGGCCUUGUAGAACGAUUCUAUGAUCCCAUUGCAGGACAGGUUAUGUUAGAUGGCAAAGAUCUCCGUGAUUUGAACACUGCAUCUUUGCGCGGUCACAUUUCUCUAGUACAGCAGGAGCCAGUUCUGUUUGGCGCAACCGUGUAUGAAAAUAUUGCUUUUGGAUUGACUGACGAGGUGCAAUCAACACUUACAGAGGAUGAAUUGCAAGAACGCGUUUUCGAUGCUGCCAAAAUUGCAAACGCUUAUGACUUUAUUAUGACUUUACCUGAAAAAUUCGAUACAAAUGUAGGUCAGCGAGGCUUUUUAAUGUCUGGUGGGCAGAAACAGAGAAUUGCAAUUGCAAGGGCUAUUAUUAGUGAUCCUAAAAUCCUACUGUUGGAUGAAGCAACAAGUGCUUUAGACUCAAAAAGUGAAGUUAUUGUUCAAAAGGCUUUAGAUAAUGCUUCUAGAUCUCGCACAACGAUUGUCAUCGCCCAUCGUUUGUCAACAAUCCGCAAUGCUGAUAACAUUGUAGUAGUAAAUAGCGGAAAGAUCAUUGAGCAGGGUACACAUAAUGAAUUAUUGGCCUUAAAUGGAGCUUAUUCUAAAUUAGUGGAAGUGCAGCAACUUACAGAAACGAAUAAUGAUGCUGUCGGUGACAUAGGAGAAGAGGAUAUUAGUGGAUAUGUUGAUAUUACUGCACAGGAUAAAAAUGACGGUUCUUCUACACAGAAUUCUUUUUCUUUUAGUCAUGAAAAGGAAAAGGAUCCAAUCUCGCUUCGUAAUAAUCCACUUGCCAAGUUACCAAUUGAUCCCGUUCCAGAUUUGCCGAAUAAAGAUCUGGACGAUCUAGGUGAUGAAAGCCCGGGUACAAAACUUGAUUCUACAUCGAAACUUGAGAGUAAUGUAACUAACAUUAGCUCCUGGAAAGCAUUGAUUUUUAUUCAUUCUUUUAUUGAAGGUGCUUUAGAAAUUAUCUAUAUGAUAGUUGGUAUCUUAGCGUCCAUGGUUUGUGGUGCUGCAUACCCCGUACAGGCAGUUGUGUAUGCACGGUUCUUAAAUAUCUUCACAAAUUUGGCUUCGCCGGAUUACUUUCAUAAAAUUAAUCUUUUCGGUGUCUAUUGGUUAAUUCUUGCUAUUGCGGAAUUUUUUGGUUAUGCUAUGAGUCAAUAUGCUUUAUCUUAUAUAUUGGAGGCGAUUUUGCAACGUAUUCGUUGGCAUCUCUUCCGCACAAUUCUUCGUCAGGAUGUUGAAUUCUUUGACCGUACUGAGAAUACUGUAGGUGCUUUGACUACUUCGCUUUCAACUUCCAUUCAGAAUUUGGAAGGGUUGACAGGAUCUACUCUUGGAACAUUCGUGCAAAUUCUUACAAACGUAGUUUCCGUAUCAAUUCUUUCACUGGCCACUGGUUGGAAGCUGGCUUUGGUUACAUUAGCCACUUCUCCUGUUAUUAUCCUUGCUGGCUAUUAUAGGGUUGCUGCAUUGGACCAAAUUCAGGAUAAAUUGUCAGAAUCAUACAAACUGUCAGCUGCAUAUGCUUGUGAAUCUACAUCGGCCAUUAGGACAGUUGCCAGUCUCACGAGAGAAUCCAAGGUAUAUGAACAUUAUUGUGCGUCGUUAGUUGAACCCGGUAGAGACACGGCUUUAUCAUCUUUAAAAUCUGGCUUAUUCUUUUCUGCGUCGCAAGCCGUAACAUUUUUGGUUAAUGCGCUGGCUUUUUGGUAUGGUGCUACGUUGAUGAAAAAAGGUGAAUAUAAUCUGGUCCAAUUUUAUACCUGUUUUAUUUCUAUUGUUUUUGGUAUUCAGCAAGCUGGACAAUUUCUGGGAUAUGCGGCUGACGUUUCGAAGGCAAAAUCGAGCGCUGGAUCGAUUAAGUACUUGUGUGAUAGCAGACCAAAGAUUGAUACGUGGUCUGAAGAAGGACGCAAAAUCGAGUCUUUGGAAGACUCCUCCAUUAUAUUUAAUGAUGUAGAGUUCCGGUAUCCCACGAGAAAGCACAUCCAGGUACUUCGCGGUCUUAACUUGACAGUCAAACCUGGUCAAUUUGUUGCCUUUGUUGGUGCUUCCGGAUGUGGUAAGUCAACAACCAUUGGCUUAAUUGAACGCUUUUAUGACUGUGAAAAAGGAUCUGUAAUAGUUGGUGGUGUUGAUAUUCGUGAUUAUAACAUUAAUGACUACCGUAAGCAGAUAGCACUUGUAUCGCAAGAGCCAACUUUAUAUCAGGGAACUAUCCGAGAUAAUAUUGUUCUUGGUGCUUCAAGAGACGUUACGGAUAAAGAGAUUAUUGAUUGUUGUAAGAUGGCAAACAUUCAUGAUUUUAUCAUGGGUUUGCCUAACGGUUAUGAAACUCUUUCAGGACAGAAAGGGUCUUCCUUGUCUGGUGGACAGAAGCAGAGAAUUGCCAUUGCUCGUGCCUUAAUCCGCAAUCCCAAAAUCUUACUGCUAGAUGAGGCAACCAGUGCUUUGGACAGUCAUAGUGAAAAGGUGGUACAAGAAGCUCUGAACAAAGCUUCUGAAGGUCGUACCACAGUAGCCAUCGCUCAUCGCUUAUCUUCCAUUCAGCAUGCUGACUGUAUUUUUGUGUUUGAUGGCGGUGUAAUUGCGGAGGCUGGUACGCAUAAUGAACUUGUAAAGAAACGUGGUCGUUAUUAUGAGCUUGUAGUCGAGCAAGGUCUCGGAAUAGAUGAGUAAACUUUUUAGCAUAAAGAAAUCCCUUUCUUAAUGCUGUUGAUUUUUGUAUAUUUUUAUAUUUUGUGGGCAUGAUGAAUGUUAAGUGCUUAUGAAUAGAUACUAGAUACCGAAUGAGUCCUUUUUAAU